UUAUCUCGUUGUUACAGUGCUGUGAACACCAGUUCAUGCAGGAACCUGGAGCUUCCACUUCGCAACCAUGAUCCACCUGCAGAACGAAUGAACCUGGGCUGAUAUCUGAGCAGUAGCAGUGUUAUAGCACCCAAUGUAAAUGUUUGAGAAAAACAGAUGACACGUGGAGUCCUGACUAAACUAGUUUGGAUAUCACUUUGACAUAGGAGGACAAAAUUCUCCAAUCUUUCCUGCUUAAGCAGCUAACAAUGACGUUCACUUCCCUGCGUUGGGUGGUAUUGGUGGCCUUCAUCGCUCUGACCAUUUGUGGAAACGUGCUGGUUUGUCUGGCUGUGGCCACCAGUCGGCGUCUUCACCAAAUUAGUAGCUGUUUUAUACUAUCACUGGCUGUGACAGACUUGCUGCUGGGUUUGCUGGUACUGCCCCUCUCUGCCAUGCUGGAAUUACGCAAUGGGAGAUGGCCUCUCGGAGGUGUUUUUUGCAACAUCUACAUCUCUCUGGAUGUAAUGCUCUGCAGUGCUUCAAUCCUCACUCUACUAGCCAUUAGUGUUGAUCGUUAUCUUGCAAUUUCCAACCCACUCUGCUAUCCCAGGAGGGUCACACCUAGGCGGGUUGCGAUCACUCUGACCGCAAUCUGGACAUGCUCUCUGGCUGUGUCCUUUGUGUCUAUUAACCUAGGCUGGAACACACCUGAUUUCAGAGUGCAAAACCUGGACUGGAACAUGUGGGAUGAAGGAGAGGAAGGCAGGACCUGCCGCUAUGAAUGGAAUAAUAAUUAUGUGCUGCUGAAAGCAUUUGGAAUCUUCUACCUCCCUCUGCUGGUCAUGUGUGGAAUGUACCAUCGAAUAUUCUGUGUUGCACGUGAGCAGGUGCGUCGUAUACGGGCAACCACUCCUUCGUCUGCUCAGGCUGCAAAUGCAGUUGCCACUGCACGGGAACACAAAGCCACAGUGACCCUGGCUGCAGUGCUUGGUGCUUUUGUCAUUUGCUGGUUCCCCUAUUUCACCUACUUCACAUACACGGGGAUGUGGGCAGAGACCCAUCCGAACAAACUGACUCACUCUAUCGUUCUUUGGUUGGGAUACCUCAACUCUGCACUGAACCCCAUUCUCUACCCAGCCUUAAACCGGGAUUUCCGUCGGGCAUGCAUACAGCUGCUCUGCUGUAGACGCAGCAAUCAGGUGGAAUUGCCUUUUGUUCACCCCUUCUAAAAGAAACAGACUAUAGCUAUACAACGAAAAAUGCAGUGGUCUACCAGGACUCAUUUCACACUUUGAGAGAUUAACUGCAGUGAAUGCAUAGCCUACAACAUUGAAGGGCUUUUCACACUUGAAAUAGUUAACCCUGGGUCAGUCUAAAAGUCUUCCGUUUACCCCGGGUAAACGGAAUCCUGGGUUUUCUUGCUUCACGUUUCACACUGAUCAUAAUUUACCCGGGGUUAACAAUUAAUCCUGGGUAUUCAUAAACUGACUUUUCACAUUAUACUUUCCUAAACCCUGGGUUAAUGUUCUUAUUUGCAUAUUUGUGGUGUCAGUGUCAUUGAUUGGAUAAACACAGCCCUCAACCUGUUUAGGCUAUAGGCUAGCUCUAGCAUUGCACAUCCUAGCAUUGGCAACUGUACUAUCGAUACUAAAUGGACAUAUCGGACUAUAAAGGUAAGAAUAAAACGGUCUCUUCUUCACUCAAAUUGUUGUGUUUUCUGUCAGCAUUUUGACAUUUUUCCUCUCAAAUGCUGACUGUUUAUAUAUAAUGCCGUGACUGUCCAAAGCAGGCAAAUAUGAGUAUGCGAUGGUUGCUAAGCGUCUAGCUGUAGCCAGGGUUGGUCAAAAUGUAUUUUAAAAUAAAAUACCAAAUACUCUAAUUUUAAAUGUAUCAAAAUAAACUACAAAAUACAGCAGCCACACCAUGUAUCAAACUAA